GCUACUCUGCACGCUACUGAGCGCACCGGGAUCGCUAGCUUCAGUCAAUCCAAUCCUCCAGGAGUAUCAAGAUUUUGAAGAAUGCUUCAAGACUCCGGUAACAUAUUACUUGUCAUAUGCCAACAUGGAACACCCGCUCCUCCCGCCAUGCACUCAUAACCGACAACUCUGCGUCGGAAAAAACGGCGAGGCACCGUUCGAAAUGCGCUCCCUGCAGAAUGGCGAACCAGUGCGGAGGCUAGCAAUAUUCCGUCUGGACAAGUCACCAGGCUACAAUGUAUCGAACAUUGUGCGAGCCCCACUGGAUGACAGUGACAAUCCAAACUUCUUUGACUUUGUGAUUUCCUAUACUGAAUGUGGUCAGUGCGUCGUCACGACGUUACCUACAAUUAGCCCGGACGCCUGUGCACUGUUCGUGACUAACCCGGACGUCCCUCCGAGUCGCUGCUGUCUCUUUACAUACGCUCUCUUGUGUGGAAGCACCAAGAUCCCAAGCUACGAAAAGGACAAAUGCGCCAAUGUGUAA